UUAAUAUUACAUCAGCUGAUUUUGUUUCUUCGAAAUAGGCAAAUUAAAUGCAAAUAAGCUAAAGCAGAAAAGUUAUUUAGCCGGAUAAGAAAUAUAUUAUUUCUUUGUUUUACAUCAAAUUUCAAACGUAAAUUGUCAGACGAUAGUGUGAAAAUUGUGUCUAUAAAUAAUAAAAGAAACCCAUAAUGAUCCGAAAUUGAAGUUUUAACUCCAAUUAGUUUGUUAUCAAAUAAUAAUAAUAAUGAAAGAACAAAAGUUGUUACUUAUUCUUUCGCAGUCGUUAAUUGGCACCGGCUUUUUCUUUUUGUAUGUUCAACAUGUGCGUUCAAUAUUUGAGUCCCGCACCAACAUUGCAUAUUUAUCACAAUUAGAACGGGAGUCUUUGUUGCGGCGGGAGGACUCGCUCUAUUAUUCAUUUUAUAAGACACUUACAGAGGAAGCAGACUUUUGGAGCGGAUACGAUAAACUAACAAAUUUAACUGGCAUCGAAUAUCCCCAAAAUGUGAAUGUAAUACAAAGGUUCCAUGUGUUACCAGAAUUGACAAUAGGAUAUCUCUACCAUUUGCUAAGGCGGUAUGCUUUCACAGAAAACUUUCCAAUAUUUAGUUGUUGGCGGAGCAACGAUGUUCGUUUACCUUUGGAACAUCGUCAUUGUGACGGCUUUGGACAACCCAUGCAGUUUUACUUGGAAUGCGUAUGGCUUCUUGGCGGGGUCACUGUUCUAGUUAUUUAUAUAUAUGGGACAUUACUGAGUGAAAAUAUAUUUGGAGGCAUUUACGCAGUAGUUUCUUAUGUUAUGUUUCACAGUUUUGCUUCAAAGAUCUACGAUUCACCUAUGGCACGUGAAAAUUUUGCCUUUCCAAUUAUUUUCAUGCAAAUGUUUUACCUUUGUUUGUGUAUUGAUCGCAUCACAGAACGCAAAGCAUAUCAUAAGCGGUUUUUUAUAACCAUCAAAUUGACGCUGCUGACAGCCGUUGCUCUUCUCUGUUGGCAGUUUUCUUCUGUUAUUUUUGCAACUCAGGUUCUUAUUAUGAUGGCUCCUUGGACGCCAAGUUCAAUAUCUGAGGUGGUUUCUAGUACUUUUACUAUUGAUUAUGCGAUCUCGCAACUUAUUGCCACAUCACUAGCCUACUACUGUUCCUUUAACAACAAUAAAUAUAUUUUCGCCUGGCAUAUUGGUCCAGCAAUUGGACUUCUGUUUCUCAGUAUAGAGCGACAAGUCAAACCUCAAUCUCCUAAUAGUGGCGUUUCGCUCAAAACCAUUUGGGCGGGCUUAUUAGCGGCAAUUAGUGUACAAGGAACUUUAUAUGAUAUGUUGGAGAGAACAGGAUUCGCACGUUCAAUUGACAACGGGUUCGCUUUAUAUCGUGAUUUAAUAGUGCAAUGGAGCUUCCAGGCAAAAGUGAGUUUCACUACCAGCAUUGCGGCCUGCAAUCCAGCUUAUCAGAAUUUGAAUAUUGCCCAUUUGUGGGAGCUUAUAAAGACUCUAAUUGUGAAGCCAUAUUGUAUGUACGGUGUCGUGAUGUUGGCAAAGUUUUUUCGCAAGUGGCGUAAGGGUAGUGAAAAAAAAAAUCCCAGCAAAGAUAAUGUGGAACGAGCCAAAAAAUAUGUGCUUGAGGAUUUUUUGGAAGAGAACCACAUAUCAAUCUGUGAUAUGUCAAAUAAGGAGACGGAGAAUGAUUUAAUUGAAUGUCUUAAGUUACUAGAAGAUUGUGACUAUGACUACAAUCGCUAUAAACAAGAGAGAACUAAGUCGAAGAACAAUAAAGGCAUUGAACACGAAGAGUUUAUGAAUAAUAUAAAAUUAUUAAAAGAGCAAAUUAAAGAAGGUAACCAACGAAGAGAUCAGAAUAAUCGAAACAUUUCUAAAAGUAAUCAUUCUGAGAAUUCAGGAGAGCAACAAGAAGAAAGUACUGAUGGAAAUAUGAAACCGUCCACAAGUGAGGAUAAAGCAACAAUAAACAGUAACUCGAUCCCAGUAGCACCAAACGUAGAAAUGAACGAUUCUGGGAAUGAUGUGAAUAAAGACACUUUUACCGAUAGUAGUGGCAUACCGAGUGGUAUAAAAUGUGACGAUACCAGUAAAAACACACGACGUUCACGGCAUAAAAGCUCGGACUGCGAAGUUUCCAAAGCUGACUAUCAUAGCGAGAUUUUCAGUUUCCAUUAUGUCUAUAGCUUUGUGCAAAUGGCGGUUUUUACCGCCUUAGGGCUUAGUAUAAAAAAAUUAUUCUUCCUUUGUUUCACUCAAGGUUGUGUUAUUGCGCCGACAAUAUGCUCUAAGUUUUGGUAUCGCAAACAACGCAAUAUAUUUUGGGCAGUAUCAUUGGCGGUUUUUUUAACCAGCAUGGUCAAUCCCGGUUUAGUAAAUAUACGUGAAGAAUACUUUCCUACACGCCAAGGACAUGCUAGUGAUGAUUUAGAUAGCAUGUUGGAAUGGAUAAAAAUUAAUACGGAGCGUGACGAUGUUUUUGCAGGUCCAGUAGAAAUUAUUGGCACGGUGCAUUUAGUUACUAGACGCCCGAUUGUAAACCACGCCCACUUGGAAAUACGUCAUAUCCAUGAACGCACCGAACAUGUCUACUCAGUGUUCAGCCGCCAACAGUCAUCUGAUAUUUACAAUCAAUACUCACAACUUAAAGUGCAAUAUUUGAUUAUAUCACUCCAGGACUGCAGCAAUGAAAUUCGUGAUGAAUGUGACCUACUUUCGAUUUGGGAUGACCUGCAGCCGUCGAAUCGCAAAUAUCCGCAAUUUUGUUCAGAAUUGGCAAACAAGAAUAUACCUAGCUUCUUGAAAGUAUUCUCUAAUGAUUAUUACGGUAUUAUUAAGAUGUUUUCGCAGAGUGUACAAAUUAAUUUGAAGCUCAGUAAGAUGCCCGAAAAAGUAAUGUAGCCAAGUAGUCAAACUUGCUUCGACUGUAAGUAAGGCAAUGGUAGAUAAAAUUGCAAAGAAUUUAAAAUGUCAAUUAUGUUACUUUAUUUAUAUACAAAGUUUAAUGUUUUAAUGUUACGUUCAUAUUUUAUAUUUAUUGUAAUUUUGACAAGAGACAUUUUAAGCCUCGAUAUACUACGAUUAAACAUCUAUCUUACUAGUAUAUAUUUCAUAGUUGUGGUUAAAUGAAAAUAAUUUUUAAGAAAUAGAAAUUUAAACGACUGUAGAUGUCCUAAUGUAUAUAUAUAUAUACAUAUGAGAAUAUGAAAAGUGUAGAAAGCUACACAAUGAGCAACACCUACACAGUUUUAACUCAAUUUGAAAUAACAAGCAGAUUUAAAUAUUGAAAAUUGUUCAAAGAGAAAUCUUUAUAUCAUGAAAGUUUUUUUAGAUAAUUUUUUUCUUUAUUACCUCGAAUGCCAAGUUUACUGAAUUUUUAAUUAGACUGCCCUCUUGCAUUCCAUUUCAGGCUUAUUUGUAUAACCUGCAGUUAAAAAAAUUAUAAUGAAAAUAACUAAGUUUAAAAGUUUGAAAUUAGCGACCUUUAUUAAUUUGUAUAUUUUGUAUGAAAAAGUGGCCUCUAGUUGACUUUUAUGUUACAUGCAUUAUUCAUAUCUACAUUUUUUGUUUUCGAUGGGUAAUUAUUUACAAUUAUUUGUCAUUGAAGACAGUGCAGAAAACCGUGUUGCAAGCGUGAUGUUUAUUCGUAAAGGAAACAUUUCACAUGCAAUAAGGCAAUCAUAGUUUUUCUUGUAAUUAAGGGCUAAUGUCCGGUUUAUGAAAUAUGCUAAGAGUUUAAGAUGCAUAAGAUAAUAUAUUUUGUUAAAAAAAAAAAAAAAUAUUGUGUACAUAUGUAUUGGCUGUUCUCAACUACUUUUAAAUUGUUGAGUUCUAAGGAUAAAGAGACUGCUUCCAUAUCUCAACUAACCCUAAUGCAUGGGAAAUAAUGUAAUAAAUUGUAUUAUUCUUAGUUAAAUAUUUGGCAGAUAUGUUUCCACUAGAUUUUGAGUAUACUUUAUUUUUUUUGAUAGCAAGUAAAUCCAGUAGAAAAAUAAACAGACAAUAUUUUACAGUUUAAAAAUAAA